ACUGCUGUCGUCAUUUAGUACCCCACCUGAUAUGCAUAAAAGCGUUUAGAAAAGCUCUUUCCUUCAAUAUGUGAUGUGGCCAAACAAUUUUCACGGUGCAUUAAGAUAAACAGUAAAAGAAUAUCCACAAUAAAUUCGGCAACCGAGAGGUGCGGCAACAUAAAGAUAAUUGCGGUAGUAUUUAUGCCGAAACAUCAAAAUGAAUAGCCCCGCCGUUCGAGCCUUUUAAUCAGAUUCAGAUCAGAUUAACCAAUCAAAGCAACGGAAAGGGGGUCACGUCACCUUCCCACCAGGCCAUGCCAUGUAAACAAAGCUGCAUGGUCGGCUGUAAUGAAGAGUCUGAGGAGGGAGACGCGAAAUCUUCGCCAAAUUCUCAUCUUUCGUGUUGCAUGCACAUAGAAGAAGGUAGCUAAUUAAGAGACUCUAGAUACCAUCACACGUGUUCGCUGGGAAAAUUUUAGAGUCGCAGCGAAACAAUGGCGGAAAUUUGGCAGCAGAGAAGCCGCUGCUGUUCAGUGGAUCCGUACAGUACGGAUUUAGAUAAAGGAUUCGACGAUUUGGAAGCCAAACCACGAUGUCACUUUUCUUGCUACAGAAAGCUAACUAACAAGAAGGGGCUAUCUCAGGCGGCAAAGAAGUAUGAGAAAGCUGAGAAACAAGGCAGUCCUGCUGAAGAAGAACCAUCAACCAGUUGUACUCUUCCCAAAAUACAAGGUCCAUCUCCCAAGAAAUUGAGAUCAGUCUCAGGGUUUGGUAUAUCAAAGUCACCAGUGCUGCCAGCUAUCUGCAUUAUUUGUAAAAAAAAAAAAGUUGUGGUCACUUAGUCUAAUUUUUGCAAGUGUUUUGAUAUUUAAUGGGGAGACACUCAUUUUGAUGUAAUUUUCACAUUCAUAAUAUUUUUUUUAUUGUUUUGUAUGUCCUUAAUUUGUUUGAGAUUGAGCUAUUUAAUUCCUGCCAGAAGUGUUUUUCGAUUUUUAUGUUCAAUAUUUCUAAAAGGUUUUCUAUUUGAUAUAAUUUCUUUGGUGGGUUGUUAUCUUCGGAUAGAUUCUGUCCAUGUGUUUCCCUUUGUAUCUUGCUCAAGACUGUGCACCUGAUUUACAGUUCUAUUAUCUACUAGUAGUUGUUCCAGUCUAAGACUAAUCUUUAGACAGGUUUAGUUAUAGUUGAAAUAAUAGGGUAACUGCCAAGCUUAGCUCUAAAAAUGGUAUUGCUAGCCUGCUUUCUUAGACCUAAAAUCCAUUUGCAAAACUUUAAGUGUACCUGUUCGAAUGGCAUUUUAUUAAUCUUUUUCAGAUAUGCACAAGAAAUGUAGAAAGUUAUAAUUUCACAGUUGAAAUAAUUAAGUUGGAAAAAUAUAUUAUAUAUAUCAUAAAAGCCUUGUUAAAUGUGAGCUGUUAUUUCUUUUAAUAUGCUGUUAUUACUAGACAAUGCUGCAAUUAAUUGCAACAAUUAAACUUCUUUAAAAAUUGUACCUCUGCAAUUUAAAGAUAAACUUGAACAUAAAAAACUCAAUUAUUCUACCUAGUGAAGCACUUAUAUAUUUUUGAAAUAAUUUUUUGAGCACUUGCCAGCUUCAUAAACAGACAGUCCGCAUGAUACCUAGUUUGUAACUCUACACAUGGAUUUAUACUAUUUAUCAGUGUAAAAUAUUGAGUCAAAUAAUUUUAAGUGAUUAUAUGCGCUUUAACACACCUGAGAAUUUAAAAUGCAUUCAAUGUAACAUUACUGAACAUACAUGCAAGUGAUUAUAUGAUCACUAUAUUGGGUAAUAGUGUGACCUGUGUGCGAUUGUAGAAGUGGUACAGUGCACAGUCUACGGGCUAUACUACAUACCUUUUUGCCGUGAAUUCACGUCAUCAUUUAGCCAAUUAUAUAAAUACACCUAAAAUACACGUAUUUUCCAACUAUUUAAAUCUUUCUCUCGAUAUUGACAUCGAUUUUAAAAACCUAGGACGUAUUUUUUUUAUUGAAACAACGCAUGGGAAUCAUCUAUUAAAUGUGCAAGCUUCGCAUGGAAAUUCAUUGUUUACAUCGAUCAGAUGUAGGUCAAGUGAUCACGUGACCCCUUUCCGUUGCUUUGAUUGGUUUAAAGGGUAGAACGGCAGCACUUGGAACUACUCGGAUGUCUCCGCACUCGACAGUCGAGGAUUGCCGAUUGGAACGGCAGGGCUAUUCAUUUUGAUGUUUUGGCAUAAAUACUAUCGCAAUUAUCUAUAUGUUGGCGCAUCCUACGGUUGCCGAAUUUAUUGUGGAUAUUUUUUAACUGUUUAUCUUCAUGGCACCGAGAAAAUUGUCUGGCCACUGGAGCUUUUCACACAAUGAAACGAUAGACCAGUGUAGACUUGCCAUGGGUACUGCAGAUGACAGAUGAGAAAUAAUGAUUUCUAUUUAUUUCACAUCUAUGUACAAGUGCUGAACGUGCUAGCCAAACAUGUUUACAGUAGCCAUCUCCUUGAUUAUUCCAUUGGCGAUUUUUGUUGGUGUCAUUACUGGAGCUGCAUCUCAAGUGCGUAACACUUCCUGUGCAGGACGUUAUAUCAGCCCUGCUGGUGAAUGUGUGAGAUAUCGAACGUGUUCCAGUGAAGGACAAUAUAUCAGGGAAGCUGGGAACGAGACACAGGACAACAAAUGCUUUUGUGAUGGCUCUAAUCGCUUUGCACCACAAGAGCCGAAAAAGUGUUUUGAAGAAAACAAUCCAAAUUCCUGUCUUUGCUUGCAAUGUCCACCCGAAACUUUACUAAACAUAACAGAGAAUGGUGUGUUUGUGGAGAAGUUUGACCUCAAGGAGCAUUGCGUAACGUUGAAAGAAGAACGCAUUUUACCUAGCGACGAUUGUGCUGGUUGGAAAAUAGCUUUUGGGGUUGUUUUGGUCCUGGCAGUUAUCACCAUAGGGAUAUUAUCGAAUUUCUUGCGCAAAUGUAGGCAAGAGAAAGGUAUUAACCAAACAAAAGAGAUGCCACUACAAGAAAGUACGCAGACCGAUGAAGAGUCAGAAAAAGUGGGUAGCCCGACCAGCGAAGAGUUACUUAAAGAGGAUAAAUAUAUUGAUAUGAAAGCACACAAAGCGGAUAGUAACACGGAAAAACAAACGUUUCAAGAGCACCAUGACGCUGAAAUUCAAGAUCUCAAACAGCACCAUGACGCUGAAAUUCAAGAUCUGAAACGACACAAAUUGGCUGUCCCAGUGUCAUGUGAUGGAUCAGAUGAAGAAAAUGCACCCAGCUAAACAAGGACUUGGUGUAAAGUUGAAAUAGCUAUAAUUGAAGGCGUGGCGUCACACUUCAGAGACUAUGUGCCACUAUCCAUCAUUUUGACUUAUCUGCACACCAGUGUUUAAAAACAGUAUAAGCAAUAUAUUUCAUUUAUAUUAUAACUCACACAAAUGUAGAGCAAAGCUUGUAAAUAAUUUAUCUUCCGUUAUACACAUAUUAUUGGGUAAAUAUGAUGUACGGUAUGAGAUGAUGUUAAAUGAUAAUGUUAAAGAGAUAAUAACUCUUCGUUUUGGCCAAAAAUUAAUUUUCCUGGGGUAAACAACGAUUCCACAUACUAACUA